UUGUAGAGAAUACUAGUAAUAAAGAAAUUAAAGCUAAAUAUGCUGCUAAUGAAAAUAUCUUUAUUUGAGAUGGUGGACAAAAAGAUGAAAGAAAUGGAGAUUGUUAUUGAAGACCAAAAAAGAAAGUUACAAAAAGCUGAGAGGUACUUUAAUGAAAAAGAUGAGAUAAUAGCCAAAAUGAUGAAGGAGGCAAUAACAGCCAAAAAGAAGGAGGAGGCAAAAUCUGUUGAAGAUAUCAGGGUAAAGUCUGUUGAAGAUAUUGGAGUACAAUUUGAUUACCUAAUUCCUUUGAUGGAUAAUAUGAAUUCUUUGAGUAGUGUCCAAAUAGCAGAGAAGAAAAUAUUCUCAAUUCAAGGAGACAAACCUCAAUUGAUAAAUUGGGAGGAUUUUGGUUUGAGAAUUGGUAUAGAACACUGUAGCUUAUCUCCCUCACAGACAAUAGAAGUAGCAGUCAUUGCUCUUGUAGGAGGGCAGUUCCGAUUUUCUGAUAAUACCAUCCUUGUCAGUGCAGUGUAUGCAGUAUCACUCUCAAAGCCUCUGCUCAAACAGCUCAAGUUAGAAAUACAGCACUGUGUUGAUUUAACAGGACAACCAGAUCUUUCGCCAUACUUAAAGUUUGCAGUUGCUCCAUUAAACACACCUAGUCUUCCUUACCAGUUCACAUUAGUAGAGGGAGGAGAGUUUAACUCUAAUAGUGGAUAUGGAUCCAUUGAACGUAAAGAGUUUUCGUUAGUAUGCAUACUGGGAUUGAUAUUAGUAUCUAUGAUUGGCAAUGAGAGAGGAGGAGAAGGAGGCGGAGGAGGUGGGGGAACUGAAGGUGGAGGAGCUGGAGGAACUGCAGGAGGAGGAGCUGGGGGAACUGCAGGAGGAGGAGGAGUUGGGGGAACUGCAGGAGGAGGAGGAGGAACUGAAGAAGGAGCUGGGGGAACCGAAGGAGGAGGAGGAGCUGGAAAGACCAAAGGAGGAGAAGGUCAGCAGCAACAAGGAGUAGAUAUAGUGCUAACUCAACAGCAACAAGGAGGAGUACUGACAGUACUAAACCAGCAACAACCACUAGUAGUUAAUCAACAAACCCAGGAUCAACAAAGACAGCAGGUACAAGAAAGGCAGGAAGAGGAAGGAGAGGAACAAGAAGGGAGGUUGCAGUCAUAG